CUUUUUCUCUGUAAAGCUUUCGAACCCGACCCUAUCCAAGUCAUUUUUGCGAAUAAACACAAUUUAUCACCUACGAUGGAGGUCCUUGGUGCCGUAGCCAGCUCCAUCGCCGUAGUGCAGGCUUUGGCAGCUGGGAAACAUGCCGUCUCUCUUUUUUCGAGAAAUUCCGGAUAUUCAGAAAGACUUUGACUAUCUGAUGAAGGAGGUUGGCCCCUAACUUGCUGGCACUAUUUGCAGUAGUUCACCGAACUAAAAUCCGAUUCUCAGCUGAACAUGAUCAAAUCCAUGGCGCAAGCUGUCUCAAGAAUGGCUCCCACAGCACUGGAACAAGAUCUUAUCAAUACUGCAGCGCGAAAUCUGAAUGAGAUCACCGCAGAACUCGAAGCGUUAUUACGGAUAUGUUCUCACGAGAGUGGCCCAGUGGGGAACAAGAUGAACAAGGCAAGGAAGAGAAAGUGGCUUGUAGAGAAAAGCGACAUCAAGAAGCUUCAACAGAGGAUGAUCCAAGCCAAAGAAACUCUUCACUUUGCUCUGAACUCGUCGCGCGUAUCCAACGAUAUUCGAUUUCAGGCAGAAAUGAGACAGAUUAUGAUGAACAUGCAAACGAUGCAUACAAGCUCGCCAAGUCCGCCACUUCAAGUUCCGCAACUACCGGAAAUCAUAGAGAGUCCAGCACCAGUUCAACAACUUCAGGACGAUCAUACACCGGAGUCAGACGCAGUGGUUAUGAACAAUGGUCAUGACAGCAAUCUGAAACACAUGAAUGGCUCUGUGCAGAUAAACUCUGUGGUAUCGACUCAGAGAAUACCAUCUGAUUCAGCAUGCCGGUGCCGAUGUCACUUCUCUGAGAGUCAAUAUCAAAGCUCUGGGUGGAUGCACUCACUCCUUGGGUCCUGGCUUGUGCGUUGUAAGAGUUCAUCACGAAAGGAAUGUUCAGAUCCAGAAUGCCACUGCAUAGAAUCUGCGUUCCUGAGAAUGGAGUACCAGGUUCCGAGAUGGUUUCUCAUCGGGACAUUCAAGAUUUGUGCGUCUUAUAGCAGCCUUUCCGGAUUGACCUGCGCCCUGCGCCCCUUUAGAUCGAUUGAGAACGAUUCUAUGGUGUGGAUUAACCAAGAAGGCUCAAGCCAAGUAGUUAGGAGAUCAGUGGCUGUGUAUGGCAUUUACCCUCAUGACACGGAUAUUCGUGGCAUGGGACUCAUGGAGUAUUCUCUUGAUCAGCAACUUUACUCCUCUUUGGAGGCUCUUCUGGAUAUAUGGAAGAAUAUCCUGACUGAGGUUGGGUUACCCAGACGUGUCGCGAUGGCUGCCGCCAUAUCACUACGAGACUAUGAACUCAACGAUAACGAGACGUAUCUUGUGAAAAACGUUCUCGGCUUCUCUCGAGAUCCAACGGAAGCGGCAACGACCAAAGUUCACAAGGCGAUCUUGCAAUGUGCGGACCUGCAAGAAGUAUUACAAGAGCAACCUUGGGCUGUCAACACGAUUGACGACACUGGCGACUCUCCUCUUUAUCUUGCAACUGAUAAAAAGCAAGUUAGGUCCAUGGAAGUUCUCAUUUCAGCAGGGGCUGAUGUUAAUCAACAAUCGUUCAAGGGAUGGACACCUCUCAUGGCCGCAGUCUGGCAACAAAACGUCGAGUCUGUAAAUCUGCUGCUCAAGUCCAAAUCUAACGUUAAUUUGUGCAAUGACCAAGGCAUGACAGCAUUGCAUUGGGCUUUGAUGAAAGCCAACCCCGAGGUCACCAGCCUUUUGCUAGCGGCAGGCGCAUCCGUAAAGCAUCGCAAUAUGUACGGCGAUACGCCACUGCAUAGUCUGGUCGGAUCUACAAACACUACUCAUCAAGACAUCGAAGCAGCCAUUGAGAUGCUGCUCGUGGCAGGAUCUGACCUUGAAGCACGAAACAAUCUAGGGAUUACCCCUUUCCUUCUAUCAAUUCAUCACAAUAAAUUGGAAUUCACAAGAGGUUUGGUAAAGUCACAUUGCUCUGUUCAUGUCUUUAAUGACUAUUCUCAAAACGUGCUGCAUCUUGCAGCCAGAUACGCUUCACUAGAAUUACUUUGGUAUCUUUCUGUCUUGGACCUAUCCGGCAUUAAUCCAUAUCAGGAAGACUCAUUUGGCGACACGCCCUUUGAUGAUCUCGUCAGAAACUCUCAUGCUACGGGCGGAUGGGACCUGGGGGAUUCUCGUAGGCCAAGUCUCGCCGAGCAAGAGGCUUUUGUCGAGCUUUAUCAAGGCGUUCGAGAUCAAGCCCUACAGAAUGAUAUUCAGAAUCUUGAGCGAGUACUCGGCGCGUUGCAAGAGCAGGACAUUGCAGUCGCCCGAGAACAUCUAGCCAUGUUGAUCAGAAAAGAGAAACGAUGGGAGCGUGGAAAUCUGGUUUCUUGGUAUCGAGCUCUCGACAAGCGAAUCCAGCACGCGGAAUGGGAAUUAGCAACAGAAGAUAUAGAUGGUCAUCUACUAGACUUGCAAGAAGAACUCGCAACCUCGGUUUGGGAGAUCCCAUCAAAAUACGGCUACUUGUGGGAAUUUGAUGAUGGAGAGUCAGCCAGUGAAGAGGUAUCUGAAAGUGAGGACAGAUCUGAAAAAUUGUAUGAUUCUGACCAACAAGUCGUACAUGAGGAUGAUGCUCAAGCAGCCUGAGAAUAAAACUAGUGACAUCGUUGGGUAUAAAGGCAAAUAUUCAGACAAAAAAGCGUGAGGGCUGAUGUCCAAAUUUUACAAGAUUCAUGGAUACAAGCGCAGAGAAAGCGAGCCAGGGUUUUGAAUUACGAAACACGGUCAAGUCGAUACUAGUUCAGACAAGUGGCAUUUAACAGCGGCUACCAUGAAAUCUAUCUGGAAGUGUUCUACCAUUAGUACAAUCAUACAAUCAAUCCCC